GAGAGAAGGUUCCCCUCUUCGAAUCACAGAACCGUAGCAUGAUGUGGCGCUUCAGCGUGUUCCUUUUCUGCGGAUAUUGUGGUAUGUACAGUUGUGAAGGAUCCACAGCACCCACACUGGCACCAAUGGCAAGGGGUCCGGAUAAGUGUGUUGAUGCCACCAUGUGCCCAGCUUAUGCGACCUGCACCAACACCCUGGACAGUUACUAUUGUUCUUGCAAAUCAGGCUUUCAGUCUAGCAACGGACUGCAGAGAUUCAAGGGCCCAGGCGUGGAAUGCAAAGAUAUUGAUGAGUGUUCUCAAAGUCCGCCCAAGUGUGGUGCUCACGCCAUCUGCACAAACCUGCGGGGAAGAUACGGAUGCAGCUGUUUGCCGGGUUUCUCUUCCCCCACUGGGAAUGACUGGACCCCUGAAAAUUCAGGCCCUUUCACCUGCACAGAUGACGACGAAUGCCUCAAUGAUGGGGUCUGUCCAGAGCAUUCUAAGUGCACCAACCUCUUGGGAAACUACACGUGCAGCUGCUUGGCUGGAUUCAUCUCUCGCAAUUCCAUCUGUGAAGAUGUGGAUGAAUGUGCCCAGCCUGACACUUGCCCGGAUAAUGCAACUUGCCACAACAGUAUUGGAAGCUACUCUUGUACCUGUAACUCAGGAUUUGAAUCCAGCAGUGGAAACAUGAAUUUCCAGGGCCCAGCAGAGACAUGUGAAGAUGUGGAUGAAUGUUCCAGAAACUCAAGUCUUUGUGGUCCCAAUUCUGUCUGCACGAACACCCCGGGAGAAUACAAGUGUUCCUGCCUGCCUGGGUUCUAUUCGCCUGACAUUUGGACCCUUGGAAAACCAGAGGCUUUAAAAUGCACAGAUAUUGAUGAAUGCCUUCAUACGUGCCUUUUCAAUGCAACAUGCACCAACACUCCUGGGAGCUACUUUUGCACCUGUCACCCUGGCUUUACCCCAAGCAAUGGACAAUUGACCCUGACAGGCCAAGAAGUGGAAUGCAGAGAUGUUGAUGAGUGCCUCCAAGAUCCAUCACCCUGUGGUCCAAAUUCUGUCUGUAGCAAUACCCCGGGCUCGUACACCUGUGGCUGCAUUGUGGGCUUUUAUCCCAAUCUGGAAGGCUCCUGGGAAUAUGGCAACUUCAGCUGCAAAAAGAUUCCCUUCAAGUGCAAAGAAGAUGUGCUACCUGACAAUGAGCGGGUCCAGCUAUGCCAAGUGGGAGCAGCGGUGGAGUCCAAACAUGUUUCCUUUUGUGAGCUAAUAAACACCACUUUCAAUGUUCUGGAUGAAACCUGUGAAAAUAGAACCAUCGUUUCUCUGAAGAGAUCAGCUGAGAAAUUUGCCUCUGUGCUUGAACAAACAUCCACAUGGUCUAAUUUCACCAAAGAAGAGACAUCUGCCCUGGCCACAGUCUUACUGGAGAGUGUGGAAAGCACCACGUUGGCAGCUUUUCUGAAACGCCCAGCAAAUGCAAGCCAAACUAUUCAGCUGGAAUACUUAGAUAUUGAGAGCAAAGUUAUCAAUGAAGAGUGCACUGAAGAUCAUGUAACUUUUAACUUUAAAGCCAAAGGGAAUGAGAUGAAGAUUAGGUGUUCCACAAUUGAGGAAUCUGGAUCUGCAGGGAUCACUGGGGUGGCUUUUAUCUCCUUUGCUGGCUUGGAGUCUGUUUUAAAUGAGAGCUUCUUCCAACACUCCCGACCCUCCUUGGGCAAGAGAAAGCUGAAGAUGAACUCUCGCAUUGCUGGGGGGAUCAUGACGGGGGAGAAGAAAGAUGGCUUCUCUCAUCCAGUCAUCUACACCAUGGAGAACACUGAGCCAAAGCAGGAGUUCGAGAAACCCAUCUGCGUUUUCUGGAGCACAGAUGCAGAGGGUGGAAGGUGGGUACCGUCUGGCUGUUCGAUCCUUGAAGCUUCGGAGACACAUACCGUCUGCAGCUGUAAUCGGAUGGCGAACCUGGCCAUCAUCAUGGCUUCCAAUGAGCUUACGAUGGAAUUCUCCUUGUUCAUCAUUAACUACGUGGGCAUGAUCAUCUCUCUGGUGUGUCUCAUCUUGGCCAUCAUCACCUUCCUUCUGUGUCGUGCCAUUCGUAACCACAACACCUACCUCCACUUGCACCUCUGCAUAUGUCUCUUCUUGGCCAAGCUUCUCUUCCUGGCUGGUGUGGACAAGACUGACAACCAGAUGAUCUGUGCCCUCAUUGCGGGAUUUCUGCACUACCUUUUCCUCGCCUCCUUCUUCUGGAUGCUGGUGGAAGCCGCGAUGCUCUUCCUCAUGGUCAGGAACUUGAAAGUGGUGAACUACUUCAACUCUCGCAGCAUCAAGAUGCUGUACCUCUGUGCCAUUGGCUAUGGGCUCCCGGCGCUGGUGGUGGUGAUCUCCGCCAGUGUGCAGCCAACGGGCUAUGGGAUGCACAAUCGCUGCUGGCUGAAUACAGAGACGGGGUUCAUCUGGAGUUUCCUGGGGCCAGUUUGCUCAAUCAUUGUGGUCAAUUUCUUCCUUUUAACUUGGACAUUGUGGAUCCUGAGGCAGAAACUUUCCAGCGUCAAUGCUGAAGUCUCCACGCUCAAAGACACCAGGUUGCUGACAUUCAAGGCCUUUGCCCAGCUUUUCAUUUUGGGGUGCUCCUGGGUGCUGGGGAUUUUCCAGAUUGGACCAAUAGCCAGUGUCAUGGCAUAUCUGUUCACCAUCAUCAACAGCCUGCAGGGGGCCUUCAUCUUCGUCAUUCACUGUCUACUCAGCCGCCAGGUACGGGAAGAAUACAAGAGGUGGUUUACCUGCAUCGCCAAACCCAGCUCCCAGUCCCAGACCUCGGGGGUCUUAUUAUCAUCCGUUCCCUCCACUUCCAAAACGACUUAAAAUCCUUUCUUGCCUUCAAAUAUUUGAUGGAGCAACAUUUGAAGAAAAGAGGUGCCUGCUGCAGGAGUCUACUCAGAAUUGUCUUUGUGGCUUGAACCAAAGUGCAGGGUCCCACUGAGGCUCCUGGGCUUCAGAGCACUGAUGGGUUGUCCGAUGGCUUCCCGUGAUGCUUUCUUGCACUGACAGAGUUUCUGCUCCAGACUACACUUCAUCUUCCAUGUUCUGCAGCUCUUUGCAUUCCAGAGUUCCGUGGAAAUGACAGAAAUAAUGGCAUGACCAAGAACACCUGGUUACCUUUUUUUUUUUUUGCUCCUGAAUUCAUUGAGUGCCCGGGGGUCUCCCUGGCACCUUCUAGGAGCCUGCCAUGUAGGCAGCCCUUGGUGAGUGAUUGGCCAGCUGAGCCUCCGACAGGGACU